CCCUGACCAGGGAUCUAAGCUGAGCCCGCUGCAGUGGAAGCUCAGAGUCUUAACCACUGGACCGCCAGGGAAGUCCCCCAAGUUUCAUUUUAAUUGAAGCAUUUUAGCUUCAAUUUUAGGCACAUAUCAAACGGCACACAUAUGAAAAGGUGUGCAAGCAGGGGACAUGGUAUGGCGUGGUGGAAUGGGCCCGGCUUCCUGGCCCAACCAGCAGUGUGACUUGGGCAAUCAUCUAAUUGCUAGAUGUCACAGAGUUCUCAUCUGUAAAAUGGCUAUGACAGUCUCUACCCUCCCACUGUGCCGGGUUGUUGCAUGGCCUAGGAGAGUGGGUGGUGAAAUCUUUUUGUAAACUGUAGAAAGACAUGCCGGAUCCAUGUGGUGUCUGCACUUCAGUGUCUGACUCAGGGGUCGGAGCUCGUAAGCUACUCCAGGCAGGGCUACAAUGGGCCUUUCUGGCAUGUGGCUGCUCUUUUCAGGCUGUGUCUGACCCUCAGCUUAUUGGAGUCUUAUUGAGUUCCCAGGGGCAGCUGCUAGGUCAGCUUCUCAGGCAUUUUGGGCGGCAGCCUGUAUGCACGCCUGAAAAGACUUUGAGACUUUUCUCAACCAGUUUCCGGGAGGGAAUGAAGCCCUAUUGGAAGUGAUGAAUUAACUUUUCCCUUGUUCCUUUAGGGUCAUACUAGGAGGCGUUAGAAAAUAAACCCUCAUCAAAGCCCUAUUGGAAGUGAUGAAUUAACUUUUCCCUUGUUCCUUUAGGGUCAUACUAGGAAGCGUUAGAAAAUAAACCCUCAUCAUUUUCUGUGUUCUGUGGUUCCGUGAGGAACCCCAAUUGAGAAAGGCCGGAACUGGCAGAUGCAGACGUGCCCCCACCAUCAUCCCUGCCCCAGAUCUGGGCACACAGGGAAUGAGAGGCCCAAGAGAGCCAGGCACUUGUUCCAGGUCACACAGAGUUGGUGCAAAGGCAGCACUCAAAACGAGGAGGUCCCUAAUUGCCAGGCCAGGAUUGCAUGAUGGGUGACCCUUUCCAUUCCUUCUGCAUUUUGAAAAUGGAGCGGUGCUCCAUUUACAUCUCUGGCUGUGAAAGUGCAUUUGUUGAGCUGUUUCCCCAGACCACCCUGUCUGCAAGAGUGGUGGGUUUGGGAGGCCUGAGCAGCGCCCUUCUUCCUUGAGAGCUGAGGUCACCAGCUCUGGCUGGUUCUGGGCUGCGUGUGGCUAAUUGCAUUGUGGCCCCAGCACUAAGUGGUUUCUGAAAAAAAGGGCAAAAAUGAUGGGAAAGACUUUGGGGUCCUCUGGGAAUCGGAGCCUCAGCAACAGCGGCUGCUACCAUUGCUGGAAACGUUUUCCUUGAGUGCCAGAGGGCGCCCACAGCCCAUCCCUGUCAGUGCGGAGCAGCCGCAGCCCGGGGAGGGGCCGUGGACCCUCACGGAGGGAGGCAGGGGAGGCACCUCUUCUCCCCACAGCAGCUCCACUCUCCCUUCGAGUGGAACGGCCUUCGAGCUCGCCGCGCCUGCUGGGUCUGGGGUGUGCCUGCGUCUAGCUGGUGAGUCCCUUUUGUAGUUGGAUGUUCGCUUUCAGAAACAUCUAAAAGCGUUGGACAGCAUAGUGAGCUGUCAAAAGCUGGGGUAUGCCUCUUCCCAGCUGUGUGACUACGGGCUGUUCAACUAGCCUCUCGGCGCCUCACUCACCCCAUCUGAAACCUGGGGAUAAUAACAGUGGCUUCCUCAAAGCCCAUGGUGAGUCUUAAGUGGUACCGGAGUCGCAGGGCAUUUAUCCUAGCUAAUCGUGAGCGCUUGGUAAGGGAUAGUGGAGGUUGCUAUUAUCACUGUGUCUCAUCUGCACCAGAGGCAUCCUGGGGUGAAGAAGCUCUGGCUGCUGCAGAGGCCAGCGGUUCGUGGCUGGAGGAUUCAGUGCGUAGUCCUCUCUGGAGUGAAGGAGCGCUGGGCCAGCAGGCGGGAGCCCUGGGUCCUCGUCUAGCCUCCACUCUCUGUUUUUGGCAGUGUUCCUCUGGCUCUUCAUCCACGGGCUGCAAACCCAGCUCUCCAUCCCUCUUUAGGAGAUGCUCAGUAGGAGACGAGAAUGAUCAAGGCCGGGUGCUAGACCAGCUCCCAAAAGCCCGAACGGAAGCCAGACGCAGAUGGAUGCUUUGGGCAGAGAGGGGAGGAGGAGAGCUGUACCCCAGGAUGUCUCACCUGGACUGGGGAGAGGGGAAGGGAGGCCUCUCCCAGGUGAUGGGCAGUGUCCUUCCUGGCUCUAGAGUUGAGAAAGACCCAGAGGCCAAACCAGGCCUUUGCUGGGCAGAGUCUUUUCUCGAGACCAUCCUUUAGUCCAGAUGGGUGAAUUUGUGAAUCUUAUGUAAAACAGAAGCACCAUCUCCAUCAGACACCCCAAAUCGCGGUUGGAAAUUCCCCCAACUCUGUAGAAUGUUUGGCUCUGACAGGUGCAUUGCCAUGGGGCGCACGUGCUGGGCACACCUCAGGCCUGGCAGUGCUGACUAUCUUGUCCCUGUUCAUCCCCCGCAGCCUAGAGCAAAUGGCCUCUUAGUCCUUGUCCCUCCCUCUGUCCUGGAAGAAGCUUGGUUUCCAGUAGGGAAUCAGGUGCAGGGCCUGCAGGGCAGAUCCAGGGUUUGUUGACUGACUGACUGAUAGCACUGUGUGGGCUGCUUCAUGUUUACUGAGUUUGGUUAGAUUUGGACCAGUCAGAGAAUGAGGCAAAGCUGCAAGAAAGAACAGCACUGAAAGGUUUGUUGAGGCUCCUGGCUAAUAGGUGCUCUCUUGUUGGACUGUUAAGAGCUGCUAGUUGGGAAGCAGGUUUAUUUUUGGCUUUGCAGCCAGCCUUAUCCAGAGGGAGACAUUCCUGGGAGAGCCAGGCCUGGCGUAUGGCCUGGACCUGAUUUGUGUCUGUUGUGGGGUUCUGAGCUUCCUGGGAUGCUUGUUUUGAGCAGGAGGGUGCUACAGGUUUGGGGCUUCUGAAUGAAAGGGCAUUGUCCCCACCUGCCUGGCCCCACGGCUGGGAGGGCCUGGUCUGAUUGGCCCCCAGCUCUUGGUGUGAGGUCUGGGGCUGAUUUUCAUGACUGAGAAAGAGCCCUGAGCCUUCCGGUGGGGGUGGUAGAGUGCUAGAGAGGCUCAGGGGCCAGGCUGCCUGGGAUCAAAUCCAGGUUCCACCUUUUACUAACUGUGUGACCUCGGGUAAGUAAUAUAAUUGCUCUGUGCCUCAGUUUCCUCAUCCGUAAAAUAUUUCCCUCUUAGAGAUGUGAAAAUAAAGCGAGUGAAUGCCUGUAAAGUGUUAGAACAGUGUUUUCCUUUGCACAGCAUGGGCUCAAACACAUCAAUUCCUCUCAUUCUCAUUAGCCUCCUGUGCCUUUUAAUCGCCAAUACGAUCCCCAUCCUAUGAACAGGCCUCGAUGGGAAGCUUCUCAUGGCUUCCUGCCAUCUGAGCAGUAAUGUCCACAUCUUGUUCCUUGGCGUUCAGGGCUGACAGCCAUCUGGUUCUGACCCCACUGACUUCCUCUUCAUCAGCUGCUCUGGGGGUCUCCAUCCUCUUCCCUAGUCCCAGCCCAGCCUUGUUCCAUUUCCAGGCCCAGCUCAUCUGUCACCUCCUCCACGAAGACUUCUUCAGCACCCCGGGCCCUGCUGUGAUUCCCCUGCCCCAGCCAGCACCUGGUUUCUGUCUCCGAUGGGGUCUCAGUCCUCUCUGUGCCCCCAGCACAGGGCUGGGCACCCAGUAGUGUCAGUGGAUGGGUGUUGAAUGAUGGGAUGCACACAUGGGUGUUGGUUGGAAGUGGGGCUUUCUGUGGCCGGGCAUACUUCCUGCAGCAGGGUUUCCACCUAAUGGAUGAAUCAGAGAAAGACUCAGGCCCUCCUGAAUGCAGAACAACAGGCAGGAGUGGAAACGAGCCUGUAGUCAUCGUCUGUCCUAUUCACAGGAUGCGAAAUGGUAAGGCUGCCUCUUUUUCCGCGUGGAUCUGGGCAUCAGAUCAUAGCCGAGUUAUUGUCACAGCCCAGCCACAUGCUCUGAGUUUUCACUGCCUGAACUUUCACUUGAACAUGCAGGCUUAAGAAGCCUCCCAUUCCUUCAAUGGCUGUUUUCUGGAAUCCGGCCACUGCCGGAACAUGAAUCUCUCUAACUUCCUAUGGAAAUGGGAGCCAGAAGGGUCUGUAUCUGAUCUCACUCCUUUCCCAGCACAGCUUUUUUUUUCGUAAAGACGUGGAUCUGGUAAGUGCCCUGCCCAGGUGGAGUUCACGGGGCAGGGUGCGGAGAUAACAGUUAAGCAUAGAAAUUGCUAGACUGCAUGGUGGAUGGUGCUAAGAGGGCUGUGAGGAGGGAUGAAAUGAGCUGGGCCCCUCUGGAGGGGGAGGGGAGCAGCACGAUGAGUGCAGGGAUUAGGGGACGUGGAGGAAGUGGCAUCAGUGGGUAGGUGGCAUCUGAGUGGUGGUGCGGUUUGGACAAGAGGAGAAGGAGGAAAAAGCACCCCCUGUGGGGGCACUGUGGAGGCCAAGGUCCCUGAGAUGGGGGACAGUGCUGGGUACCAGGGAGUGAUGGUGCCCAGUCGGGAGGGGAAGAGUAGGAAAGGAGGUUAAGAAAGAGUGGAAAACAGUAUCAACAGCAGUUUACAGCCAUAGGUGCUGGCACCAGCUGCCAGUGUAAGUCCAGGUGUUCAGGCCCAGAAGGCCCACCGGCGCUGAAUCACUUAAAGCCUAAAAGUUCAGGGCCAGGAUGCUUGAAAUAUACUAAUUUCACAAAGAUGACAAAAAGUGCAAAAAAUCCCCUGCAAACUCAACAGUUGCAGCAGCCAGGUCGAAGAGCAAAGGUAGGAGAGUGCGUGGCUGAUGGGGGUGGGGGGGGGCGACACCCAGCACCCAAGGGCCCAUGCAGUGUGGAGUGUGAGUGCCGGUCUCUGCCAGCAGCCACCUUGCUCCUGGGGACGCAGACUGCUCGGCUCUUUGGGGCUGAGCCGUCCUGAGCUCCUCCCCAGAUGCACAGCAAGAGAUUAGCCUCUCCUCCUGUUUCCCGUAUUCUGACCUUGGAGGGAGGCAGAGCAGUGGUUAUCAUUCCUACUCUGCAGACAAGGCAACUGAGGCCCAGAGAAGAGGAGGAACCAUCCAUCCUGAUGGUUCCAAGCUGGGGGCUCAUUCAUCCCUGGAGGCUGCUGGCCAUGGGGCUGCGAGGACUGCUCCCCCUGAGGCCUCUGGGGUGGGAGGUACAACACCCCUGAAAGCUUCCUUUCUGGAAGGCUGGGGGCAGGAGCUGUCGGACUUCUGGGCUGUCCUGCUUCACAGGGGCCUUUGCAACAAGGGCAGUGGGGGCUGGAGUCAUGCAGCCCUCCAGCUGGGAGCAAACCCGAUCUUGGUGGCUGCCCGCAGGCCGCUUCUCGGGCCACAGAGGAUCUGGCAGGAUGAAGAAAUGGGGGAGCUCAGACUUACGGGAAUCUCAGGACCUGCAUCAAGAGGACUCCUGCCCAGAACCCCUAGAUGGAGACCCUAACUCCAGGCCAGCUCCAGCCAAGCCCCACAGCUUCCCUGUGGCCAAGAGCCGCAGCCGGCUCUUUGGAAAGGGUGAUUCGGAGGACACAUCCCUCAUGGACUGCUCUUAUGAGGAAGGUCAGCUGGCAUCCUGCCCGGCCAUCACAGUCAGCCCUGUUGUCACCGUCCAGAGGCCUGGGGAUGGUCCCACCUGUGCCAGGCAGCCAUCCCAGGACUCUGCUGCCGAGAACCUCAAGCUCUAUGAUCGCAGGAAGAUCUUCGAAGCAGUGGCUCAGAAUAACUGUGAAGAGCUGGAGAGCCUGCUGCUCUUUCUGAAGAAUAGCAAGAAACAUCUCACGGACAGCGAAUUCAAAGACCCGGACACAGGGAAGACCUGCCUGCUGAAAGCCAUGCUCAACCUGCACGACGGGCAGAACGACACCAUCCCCCUUCUCCUGGAGAUCGCCCGGCAGACAGACAGCCUGAAGGAGCUGGUCAACGCCAGCUACACGGACGGCUACUACAAGGGCCAGACGGCACUGCACAUUGCCAUCGAGAGACGGAACAUGGCACUGGUGACCCUCCUGGUGGAGAACGGGGCCGACGUCCAGGCCGCGGCCAAUGGGGACUUCUUUAAGAAAACCAAAGGGCGGCCUGGCUUCUAUUUUGGUGAGCUGCCCCUCUCCCUGGCUGCGUGCACCAACCAGCUGGGCACCGUGAAGUUCCUGCUGCAGAACUCCUGGCAGUCGGCCGACAUCAGCGCCAGGGACUCAGUGGGCAACACUGUGCUGCACGCGCUGGUGGAGGUGGCUGACAACACGGCCGACAACACCAAGUUUGUGACGAGCAUGUACAAUGAGAUUCUGAUCCUGGGGGCCAGACUGCACCCUGCGCUGAAGCUGGAGGAGCUCACCAACAAGAAGGGGCUGACGCCGUUGGCUCUGGCCGCCAGCAGUGGGAAGAUCGGGGUCCUGGCCUAUAUUCUCCAGAGGGAGAUCCAGGAGCCCGAGUGCAGGCACCUGUCCAGGAAGUUCACCGAGUGGGCCUACGGGCCCGUGCACUCCUCACUGUACGACCUGUCCUGCAUCGACACCUGUGAGAAGAACUCAGUGCUGGAGGUGAUUGCCUACAGCAGCAGUGAGACACCUAAUCGCCAUGACAUGCUCUUAGUGGAGCCGCUCAACCGCCUUCUGCAGGACAAGUGGGACAGAUUCGUCAAGCGCAUCUUCUACUUCAACUUCUUCAUCUACUGUCUGUAUAUGAUCAUCUUCACCACGGCCGCCUACUACAGGCCUGUGGAAGGCCGGCCUCCCUUUAAGCUGAAACACACCGUUGGGGGCUAUUUCCGAGUCACUGGAGAGAUUCUUUCUGUAGCAGGGGGAGUCUACUUUUUUUUCCGAGGGAUUCAAUAUUUCCUGCAGAGACGGCCAUCACUGAAGACCUUAUUUGUGGACAGCUACAGUGAAAUGCUUUUCUUCGUGCAGUCGCUGUUCAUGCUGGGGACCGUCGUGCUAUACUUCUGCCACUGCAAGGAGUACGUGGCCUCCAUGGUUUUCUCCCUGGCCAUGGGCUGGACCAACAUGCUCUACUACACCCGCGGCUUCCAGCAGAUGGGCAUCUAUGCUGUCAUGAUUGAGAAGAUGAUCCUGAGAGACCUGUGUCGCUUCAUGUUUGUUUAUCUCGUUUUCUUAUUUGGGUUUUCCACAGCGGUGGUGACACUGAUUGAGGAUGGGAAGAAUGGCUCCGUGUCGGCUGAGUUGACGUCGCACAGGUGGCGAGGUCCUGGCUGCCGGCCGUCCGACAGCUCCUACAACAGCCUGUACUCCACGUGUCUGGAGCUGUUCAAGUUCACCAUCGGCAUGGGUGACCUGGAGUUCACGGAGAACUAUGACUUCAAGGCUGUCUUUGUCAUCCUGUUACUGGCCUAUGUGAUUCUCACGUACAUCCUCCUGCUCAACAUGCUCAUUGCCCUCAUGGGCGAGACGGUCAACAAGAUCGCACAGGAGAGCAAGAACAUCUGGAAGCUGCAGAGAGCCAUCACCAUCCUGGACACGGAGAAGAGCUUCCUUAAGUGUAUGAGGAAGGCCUUUCGCUCAGGCAAGCUGCUGCAGGUGGGGUACACAGCUGACGGCAAGGACGACUACAGGUGGUGUUUCAGGGUGGACGAGGUGAACUGGACCACCUGGAACACCAACGUGGGCAUCAUCAAUGAAGACCCGGGCAACUGUGAGGGCAUCAAACGCACACUGAGCUUCUCCCUGCGGUCGGGCCGAGCUGCAGGGAGGAACUGGAAGAACUUUGCCCUGGUUCCCCUCUUAAGAGAUGCAAGUACUCGAGAAAGACACCCUGCCCAGCCUGAGGAAGUUCAUCUGAAGCACUUUGCAGGGUCCCUCAAGCCAGAAGAUGCCAAUAUCAUCAAGGAUUCUGCUGCUUUAGGGGAGAAGUGAGGGACCACACAGGGUGCUCUCAACCCUGUGGGCCUUAGGAAAGCCCACUGUCUCCGGUAAGAGGGUGUGUAGGGGCCACCAGUGAUGCCUCAGCAGCCUGGCCCUACCAGCACCCUCCUCGCAGGCCCUUUCCUAGACCGCACGGAACAAGCUGCACGAGGCAUUGCUGGAUGCGUGGGUAGAGCUAGUCACGCCACCCUCACUGUCCCCAGCUGACUCUCCUAACACAAAAGGAUAUCGCUUUCCAGUUUUUACUGACUUUAUCAAACAUGGCGAAUGAGAAAUCGCCACGUGCAUGUACGCGAUGCCCCAGUUUCCUUUGAUUUUAUAUUCCUGGGAGUGAAAGGCAGCGAUGCCCAGGGAAACACCUUUCAGAACAAAACACUUCUUUGAGAUAGAAUGCCGAAGCCCUUGUCUAUUUUGUCCUUAAUAUCUCCCCUGUCCAGAGUGGUCUGGGGGUGACGAUGUUUGCUCCUCCGAGAAGGUGGGGGAACCUGGCCCCAUUCCCAGCUCUGUCAGAAUCAGGUGUUUCCGGAGUGACUCCCUCCUUCUGUGUGAUCCAUCCCAGUUCCAAAAAUAUUAGCUCUAUCGCUAUUCAAAUGAAAGUACAGAACCAUGUCCCAAAGCCACGUGGCAAGAAUUUUUUUAAUGAUCUUCCCUCUGUAGUGGCCAUAAUCCUGCUCGCCUAUAGGGAUACCUACUUCCACCUCUACCCAUCCUGCCGUCCAUCAGAUAAGUACAGAAAUAAAUACAUCUGUCAUAUCAA